GGCGCCUGGGGCCUGAGGAGGCGUCGUCCCCUCAGGCUUUGCCUGGGGAGCGCCUCGGGGCGGUGCGCCUCCGGCGGCUCAGGGACUGCUGCGGACCGGGGCCGGUGGCAGUUUAUAUAAAGAAAGCACUGGGACUGUGGCCACACCUUCAAGAAUAAAAAAAAAAAAAAUUAGAAAAUGGAACAGCCAUGUAUAUUAUGUGAGGAAGAACAAGAGCUUGAACCACAGCAGAACAUAGAAGAAACCAAAAAAGUAGAUGAUGAAGAUGCUGAGCUGAUCUUUGUUGGGGUGGAACAUGUAAAUGACGAUGCUGAGCUGAUCUUUGUUGGGGUGACUUCAAAUUCAAAACCAGUUGUUUCAAAUAUUUUGAACAGAGUCACCCCAGGUUCAUGUUCAAGGAGAAAAAAGUAUGGUCACCUCAGAAAAGGUACUACUCACAAAUUUCAGCCUAUAAGUCAUGUGACCCCUAUAUCAGAAGCAGUGACUGCCUUGCCAGUUUCUGAAUCUGAAUCAAGAUCAACAGAUAGUCCCAUUAUUAUUGAGCCUUUGUCUAAACCUGAUUAUAAAAAUAAUUCACCACAAGUUGUGCCUAAUAGCUCUUCAGAGUUAUGUUCUCCUUUGAUUACAUUCACAAGUUCAUUACAGCAUCCAGUAGGAGCAGCACUUUCUGUAGGAGGUAUGAAUAAAAGUCCUUGCAUAUCAAAGCAACUUUCCCCUGCUGAAGUAAAUGACAUAAAUCCCAAAAGGCCUAAACUCAGUGAUGGAAUCAUAGAGGGACAUGCUUCAGCUUUGUCCCCUUCAGGUAUCUUUCAUACAAUGACUUCGCAGCAAAGCACAUUCUCAAACAGUGUUCAUACCUCAUUAAGCCAUGUUCAGAAUGGAGCACCUUUUCCAACAGCUUUUCCAAAGGACAGUGUCCAUUUUGAGCCUAUAAAUGCUAUUAAGGAAAAUAGACCGGCAAAAACAGACUUUUUGAGUCUAGCAAGUCAAAACCAGAUUGUUGAUCCCAAGAAAGGAAGUCUGGUCAUAUUACUUCGUGACUUUUAUUAUGGGCAACAUAAAGGAGACGGUCAGCCAGAACAGAAGACUCACACAACUUUUAAAUGCCUCAGCUGCUUGAAAGUUCUAAAAAAUGUCAAGUUUAUGAAUCACAUGAAGCACCAUUUGGAACUUGAGAAGCAGAGGGGUGACAGCUGGGAAAGCCACACCACCUGCCAGCACUGCCACCGACAGUUUCCCACUCCCUUCCAGCUGCAGUGUCACAUUGAAAGUGUACACACCACCCAGGAGCCUUCUGCUGUCUGUAAAAUUUGUGAAUUGUCAUUCAAAACAGAUCAGGUUCUCUUACAGCACAUGAAGGACAAUCAUAAGCCUGGCGAAAUGCCCUAUGUGUGCCAGGUUUGCAAUUACAGAUCGUCAGCCUUUGCUGAUGUAGAAACACAUUUCAGAAAAUGCCAUGAAAACACUAAGAAUUUGCUCUGUCCAUUCUGUCUCAAAAUUUUCAAAACUGCAACACCAUACAUGUGUCAUUAUAGGGGACACUGGGAAAAGAGUGUUCACCAGUGUUCCAAAUGCCGGCUACAGUUUUUAACUUUUAAGGAGAAAAUGGAGCACAAGACUCAGUGUCAUCAAAUGUUUAAGAAGCCUAAGCAACUAGAGGGAUUGCCUCCUGAAACAAAGGUUGUUAUUCAAGUGUCACUGGGACCUCUUCAACCAGGAUCAGUGGAAGUAGCAUCCAUUACUGUGAGCACAUCUGAUUCUGAACCAUCACCCCCCAGGUCUAAAAGUAGAAUUUCAAAAAAACCUCGUUAAUUCUAGUUUCAGUAAAUCUAAAGCAGGUAUUUCAAUCAAAGUCAAAAACCCCAUAAAAAAAAAACAACAAAAACCAUACACUAUUCAAUAGCAUCAAAAAUAGUGAAACCAAUGAGUCAUUUAUGAAUUUCUUUUUAAAUUCAUGAAAUACAGUAUUGUCUGAUCGGAAUUUUGAAAUGUUAUUUAAAAAUUUGCUACCUGGUGUUCAUGUACUGUAUCUGGCUUAACACAUAAAAGAUGUUUUGUGUAUGUAUGUGUGUGAGACAAAAAAGUGGAACCUAUUUAUUAUUUUGAUAUUUCAUGUUACUUGUAAGUUUGAAAGCUCUCAUUUCUGUGUAUAGAAUCUAUAUAUAGAGUUUUUUUUAAGUACUUAAUUUUAUCUUCAACUUUUUCCAUGCCUUGAAGAUUUCAGUAUUCACUCUAGUCAGACUUGAAUGGCUUUGUUACAUUAUGGUCCCAUUUGCUGCUGAGCUCCCAGAAGUGUCUGUCUUGUGCUCGUCUAAAGUAAUCUGACCCUGAGAUCCUGAGUGUGGAGAAGUUGAGGGACAAGGUGUGGCAUGAAUGGGAACCAGAAACUGGGAGGUUAGUCAGUGGAGAGCAGUGGCUUCUUAUUCUGGUUGAGGGCUCACACACACACACACACACACACACACACACACGCGCGCGCGCGCUCUC